AUGACCCGUAUCCAAGUCAUGGGACCGAAAUCUGGGAACCUGGGGCCUGUGAGCUUUCGAACAUGCACUGAUCUGGAAAAUGGCGUUGUGACUAAUAAGGUUCUUGUGAGUAUCAAGUUGGGGUCAAGACUACGGCAGGCGGCGCCACCGGCGGCGCCUGCUCUGCUGGGGCUGGACCUGACAAGGCCUAACGUUAGCCCCCAGAGAAUCACACGAAGCCUGGCAAAGGCAUCGCCAGAGAAAAGGGGCGCUGAAGAACUACCGAGGACCGUGGAACCCGAGAAAGAGCCGCCUCAGAUGGCUCCUCUUUGGCCUGUUCCUGAAAGAAGCGUUCCGCCUUUGCUACAUCCCCAGAACACUCCACCAGCACAGCCAGAACUGCUGGCGCCGCCUCCAGAGCCAGCAACACAGAAAGAUACGGAUUCCGAGUCUGAACUUGAGGUUCUUGAGGUUCGGGUGCUUCCACAGCGGUCCAGACCGCAGCAGCUCGAACUAGACGAAGAAGACUCCGAUUUGUCAUCUCUAGACGAUGAGCUUAACCAUGCUCUUUCGUCCACGAACACUGUACCUACACAGCUUGUCACGUCUCCUAGGAAGGAGCCAGAACCACAGAGGAAACCGUUUCAGCCUCCACUACCCAUGCAUAAACUUCUACCUACGUUGUAUAAGCCCAUCAAGCUUAAAACGUCUCCAGCGCCGCCUGGCUAUAGGAACAUCCCGCCAAACUUGGUGUGUGCUAUACAAAGAGAGCUAAAUACGUUUUUUGAUACCGGUGGCGACGACCAAGACGACCUUGAGGUCGUGGGAAAGAUUGUUUUUUCACUUAAAGAUCCAUACUCGGCUACUAAGAUUGCUCUCCCGGUGAAGGCUACAACGUGCCGCCACUUCGAGUGUUUUGACUUUGAUAAUUUCUGUACCUUCUCGAAAAUGCCCGCUGGCAUUCGCCACAGUUUACGGAAAUCGCUUGUACUGAAGAGCCAUGAUGCUAGACGACUCGAGCAGCUUUUCCUCAAACAACAGAAACUCAUUUCUGAAGGAGCGCUUCUGUUCAAGGCUCCUGGACUCGUUUACCCGCUGUUUUCUGAGCACGGCCAGAUGUUUUUCCUGGAGGUUUACUGUCGAACACCGCCAUUGUACAAAUGUCCGUUGUGCGAUGAAAAGUUUGGCUUGAAACAGCUUUACAUCAGCGAUAUCUUCAACUUUUUUGUCAAAACGACGCCAAGGACCAUCAGCAAAAUAGAGUUGGUCGAAACUGACCGGUACAAGCUUAUAGAUGAAGAUACUCCUGUCAAGGAGGAAAGAACAGAAACGCCGGACGUGGUUGUUCUUUCUGAGGACGAGUCUGAUGAUGGAGAGGUGAAGAAAGAGAGUGCUGUGAAUAAGUCGUUCAGUGCUGAAGACUUUAAUGACGGCUUGGACGAUAUGUUGACGAAGAUUAGUCAGGACGACGGAACAUGGAACAAUCCAGUGACCCUCUAG